AUGGGUUUCAAGGAUUUAGAUUAGUUUUCUUCCUUCUUUUAGUUUAGUUUUGAUAAAAGUUAGCGAAAAGGUACUGUAACAGGAGCAUUAUUAACUGUUAUUGUUUUUUGUAUUGUUUUAGGAUAUUUCAUUUAUUUACUUCUACUAUUUUCUGAUAAUCAAAUUGAUCCUAAAUAUGCUUCAUAAAGUUUUGUCUAAGAUUAAGUUGGUAUUAGCCUUUAAGAAAAUUUAGUUGGAUUUAGGUAUGAAUAUGACACCAAUCAAAGUUUAGAUGAUUUGUAGUCAAAGUAAAAUUAAACUUAUCUUGUUUUUUAAACAUACUUCUUAUUUCAAAACGGAAGCAAUAAUUAAUUGAUUGAAUUAAAUUAUACGAAAUGUUCUGAUCCCUAGCUUUAUGGUUUUAACUGCUUCGAUUUUUCUUAGAUUUAAGAUUAAUAAUUAUUAAUAAGCACUCAGGCUAAUAUUUUUUCUAGUUUAUACAUAUUUGUUCAUAGAUGCUCUGAUACAGAUCAAUUUAAAUAAUUUAUCCCAAACAAUUGUGCUAACUAAACUUAAAUAGAUUAAAUAAUUAAUAAUCCUUAUGCUAAUCUAAGAUUCAACUUUUACACUUCAUAAUUUAACAUGACUUCUAAAAAGUAGUAAGUAAAUUACAGGAGCUAAGUUACUUAAGUUAAGUAAGGAAGUCUGUUUUAGAGAGAAGAUUUUUUUAGCUCACCAAUACAAUAUAAUGUAGACCAUUAAACUUUUGAUGAACAAUUUUCUCAAAGAACUGGAUAAAAAUAAAUUUUACAAGUUACAUUUGAACUGGAUGAAAUUGUUCAAUAUAUUAAAAUUUAAUAUCCAACAUUUCCAGAAAUAUUAGCUCUCUGUAAUAGUACUUUAACACUAUUAAUGUGUGUAGGCUUUAUAGGCAAAAUUAUAUAAGAGAGUUGA